AUGACUGAGAGAAGUAACACAGGGUCAGAUUUGAGUGUAAAUGACAAAAAGAAACCUUCUAGCCAAGAAUUAAAAAAUGAUAUAACAGAAGAGCUGGUACAAGAGUUAGAAAUGAUAUUAAAUAUUACACCUGUAUUAAUAAGCACUGAAAUUGUAAAAAAUAUACAAAGGCUUAGUAAAGAUAAUAAACAGAAAGAAAUACUAAAACUCAAAAUUGAAACUCAGUUCGAAUUCAAAGAAGAAAGAAGAGCAAACAAGGAGAACCUAAAAGAGACAAGUAAUGUAGGGUCAUUAAGCAAUACAAGAGAACUCACAAAAAAUGCAAGGAGCUCUAGUAAUCAAGUGAUCGUUGAAAAACUUGGUGGAGGUUAA